AUCUGCAGGAUCAGAACUAAACGAGAACGAAGCAGAACCAGGACUCGGAGAUGGACUGGGAUCAGAACCAGGACUCGGAGAUGGACCGGGAUCAGAACCAGGACUCGGAGAUGGACCGGGAUCAGAACCAGGACUCGGAGAUGGACCGGGAUCAGAACCAGGACUCGGAGAUGGACCGGGAUCAGAACCAGGACUCGGAGAUGGACCGGGAUCAGAACCAGGACCAGGAGUCCAGCAUCAGGACCAAAGCGGGAUCUUCCUCUGCUGGUCUGCAGAAACAUAAAGGCAAAGAGAGACCCACAAGUUAUCGCUGUGAUCACUGCAAGAAAGUCCUCACCACUUCAUCAGGUCUGAGAAUACAUAAGAUGAUUCACACUGGAGAUAAACCGUUCACUUGUGAUCAGUGUGGAGCAGCUUUUACCAGACAAGAUAGUCUAAGGACUCACCAACGUAUUCACACUGGAGAUAAACCGUUCACUUGUGAUCAGUGUGGAGCAGCUUUUAUCACUAAAAGUAAACUAAAGAUUCACCAACGUAUUCACACUGGAGAUAAACCGUUCACUUGUGAUCAGUGUGGAGCAGCUUUUACCCAACAAAGUAAUCUAAAGAUUCACCAACGUAUUCACACUGGCGAUAAACCGUUCAGAUGUGAUCAGUGUGGAGUAGCUUUUACCACAUCAGGUAGUCUAAGGAUUCACCAACGUAUUCACACUGGAGAUAAACCAUUCACUUGUGAUCAGUGUGGAGCAGCUUUUACCAUAUCAGGUAAUCUAAGGACUCACCAACGUAUUCACACUGGAGAUAAACCGUUCAGAUGUGAUCAGUGUGGAGCAGCUUUUACCAGACAAGAUCAUCUAAGGACUCACCAACGUAUUCACACUGGAGAUAAACCGUUCACUUGUGAUCAGUGUGGAGCAGCUUUUACCACAUCAGGUAGUCUAAUGAUUCACCAACGUGUUCACACUGGAGAUAAACCAUUCAGAUGUGAACAGUGUGGAGCAGCUUUUACCACAUCAGGUAGUCUAAUGAUUCACCAACGUGUUCACACUGGAGAUAAACCGUUCACUUGUGAUCAGUGUGGAGCAGCUUUUACCCAACAAAGUAUUUUAAGGACUCACCAACGUAUUCACACUGGCGAUAAACCGUUCAGAUGUGAUCAGUGUGGAGUAGCUUUUACCACAUCAGGUAGUCUAAGGAUUCACCAACGUAUUCACACUGGAGAAAAACCAUUCAGGUGUGAACAGUGUGGAGCAGCUUUUACUGAGUCAGGAAGGCUAACGAUUCACCAACGUAUUCACACUGGAGAUAAACCGUUCAGAUGUGAACAGUGCGAGGCAGCUUUUACCACAUUAAGUCAGCUAAAGAGACAUCAACGUACUCACACGAGUGAUAAAUUCUAAAGAUGUGAUCAGUAUGAAGUGUGGAAUUGCAAAAAACACCUCUCCACAGCAAAAAAAAAAAGCAAAAUAAUCAGACAACGUCAUACCAAGACUUGAAAGACUAACAUAUGAUGCCCCCUGGACACCUCCUGGGAAGGUGCUCCUGGCAUGUCCCACCAGGAGAAGAUCCAGGACACACCGGAGGGAAUGUCUUUUGGCUGACCUGGGAACGUCUCUGGAUCCCUCCAGAAGAGCUGGAGGAAAUGUGUGGGGUGAGGGAAGUCUGGACAUCUCUGCUCAGACUGCUGCCCCCGCUAAACAGUCCCACAUCAAGUGGAUGGAAAUGGAUGGAUGGACAAAAUCCAUAUAUCUGCAAAAAGCACAACUUUAUUGUUACACCAUACUGAGAUACAGAAUGUAAUCUAACUAUAGCAUUAACUAUUCCACAAAUACUGCAUUAGCGCAUCUCUAACAUCUCUGCCUUCCUCCUCUCCACCCCGAGCCACUGCCACCACUGGCUGAAGUGGUGCUGCUGCAGGUACAUCCUAUGAUGUUUCAUAAGUCUUUCCAUGACUUUCACACAGAUUAUGCAGUGAACAGGAAGUCAUCACCAUUCAUUUCACCAGUCGGACAUCACAGAAGGCAACCUGCUGAAUUCAUCUUCCACAACCCCUCGUGCUCGGUUGACUUUGUGCUUAAACGCAGACUGUUCUGCUGUCAGUCGUCCAGUGUCAUGGAAUGGUUUCAAGAGCCAGUCCUGCAAAGGAUAAGUAGAUUCUCCAAGAAGGAAAUACCCAGCAGUCACUGUAUAUUCCUGAUGUGAGCUAGGAAGAUGGACAGGAAUAUAUAAUGUUUCAUAUCAUAUUUACCAAAAAGAUCAUAACAGUGUUAACAUAUGGAUAUUUAGUAAAAUCCGUGAAUAGCGGAAAUAAAACGUCAGAUGCUCAAAAAGUGAUUUGAACUUUGAAAAGGUGCGGUUCUUCACGCACACAUCAAGGCUGGCGUACACACAUUUCUGAGGUUUUGUUUGUUGGCGACACUCACUGGUGAUGCAUUGAAGUCCAGUAUAUGAGGAAACAUGACGUCAACAAUAAGUUCAAUACCACAAGUGAAGGACACGACAGUCCCCACAUCACUUGUUGUGCUACGUCCAGUGAUCAUGUGAACUCUGAACUUAUAAAUGUUUGUGAACAUUUUUGUGAACGUGUAUUUCAACUUUAAAAGUCGGUUCAACCCCGACCAGCCUCCUAAAAUGGCCGCCUUGUCCAGAACUACAAGACCAGCAUGCUUUGCGAGUGGGGGCGGCGCCUAAAAGCGGCGCGCAUCCAAUCACAAGUGAGGUGCUGGUGACAUCAUCGCAGCGCGCGUAGGAUAAAAACGCUGCCGCUGCCACAGUUUAACUCCCUUCCUUCUUCAUCAGCCAAGCUGGUCGGUUCGUCCAGCUUGGUCUCGUGCCAAGAGCCCCUCAGGAUCACACCUUCUUCGGUUCGGCGGGGAAAGAGACCCGAGGUGCGCUUGCCUCGGGACUGCCCGGGGAAUCUGCACGAGGAAGCUCAAUUCCACGGAGCGCAAUGCGCUCUGCUCUUCCUCACAACCUCUCAUCCUGAGCAGCUGGACCUUUGGCUCCGGGCCAAGGAUCCCAUCUUUCUCCCCCCCGGCUGGGGCAAGGCAGGAGGCCCGCAUCGGACCGGAGCCCGCCCGUUGGAGCAGCGGUCUCGCCGAGCUGUGAGCUGCCUUGCCGGGCCCGGAUGGCCGUGCAUCGGCGACCGGAGGGCAGGGACGCACAGCAACGAAUGACCCCCUCCCCGCCGCGCCUAGGACCGCGUGAGAGCCUCCGUUGAUCCCGACCCGCCGCUGUCCAUCCCGUUUCAGGGGAAGGGGCAGGGGCCGAGAGCCUGACUGGGAAACCCCCAGCAGGACCGCGACCCGCAGUCGACAAAGCCCGCAGCUGCCCGACCCGGAUUCCGAGGAGGCGUGAGCUCAUGAGCCCUGGUGAUCAGUAAAACUUAGAGCGGCUCAGAACUGAGAUUACUGCAUACAUCAUCAUCAUUGUGUUCGUUAUGUUGUAGUCGCCAUUUUCUGCCAGUCAUUCACGUUUGAAACGCACGUGUUUGCCAUCCGGUUUAGUUGCACGUGGCGAGGACGCGUCCAUUUUUAAAAUACCAGAGUCCCGCCAUCUUUAAACACUGCAGCCACGUUGUUUGAACCUGUUUUGUUGGUGUUUAUUAUUGUUUGAGUCCAUGCAUUUAACUUUCAUUUCAUUUUUAUAGUUGUUGUUUUUUCUUGUUAGUUAAUGGUUUUUGUUUAUCGUAGUGUGCCAUCAGGAUUUAUUUUGGGUAUUUAUUUACAUCUGCUUUGGUACCCAUAUGUAAAUAAAUUCUGAUUGAUUUUUAAUGAGGAGUUGUUUGUGUUUCAUACAAUUUUAGUCACAUUGACUGUUUGACAGAGCCAGUGCCGAACUCUUUAAAGGAGCUUGAGGCAGGAUUGAGGCAGGAUUUAUGAAGAAAAUCCGUAUACGUUUUAAGUUUUCUAGUAAUAAUGUCAGAUGAAGUGUUCCAAACCAAAAAGAAUGAGCCCUCUACCGUAUC